CCGGUGCUCUCCUCCACGGUGCGCGCUGGAAAACCCUAACUGCGACGAGCUAAGGAAAUGAUCCUUGCUGAACGCCACCUUCUCUCUUGUGUGUGCCUGUUUCUGUUUCAGCUAAGACCACCAUUUAUUUUAAAUCAGUUAUCGAUGAGCCUGGGGCCAUGAGAGGUGACCUGGUGAUAGUUACCAGCUGCACAGCUGAUUUAGUAGCAGAAGAGAUUAGAACUCAGUUCCUGGCCUCCCAAGAUUGUUAAGAAUGAGUCUGCGGAAGCAAACCCCUAGUGACUUCUUAAAGCAGAUCAUCGGACGGCCAGUUGUGGUGAAGCUCAAUUCUGGGGUGGAUUAUCGAGGGGUCCUGGCCUGCCUGGAUGGCUACAUGAAUAUAGCACUGGAGCAGACGGAAGAGUAUGUAAAUGGGCAGCUGAAGAAUAAGUAUGGGGAUGCAUUCAUCCGCGGAAACAAUGUGCUGUAUAUAAGUACACAGAAGCGGAGGAUGUGAAGACACCAGGAGCAGCUCUCUUCACACUUGGAUGUACUUUAUUACGAAGAGCUUGUUUUUUUGUUCUCUUACAACCCUAGUUGCUGCCUGUUUUCAUAGUGGUUGGUGUGUUUUGUUUUGUUUUUUUAAUUGACAUUUAAAUAAGUUGGAAGUGUUACAUUACAAAUCAAGUCUUAAACAUUUCAUGUUCACAUUUAUUCCUGUCUGUACAGAAUAUUAAAAUUUAAAAAAAAAAGCAAAAAUACUAAUACAUCUCUCCUGGAUUAUUUUACCGGAAAUUAUAAAAGUGAACAGAAACUAUAGUUUAUAUUGGAAAGAUAGAUGAAAAUAUACUUUUAGUGUGUCUGCAUGCAUGUAAACAAAUCACAUGUGUGCCUGGUACUUGAGGCCAGACAUUAUUUUACCCGAUUCCAGCAGUGUCAUUUCAUUGAACAAUCUAGUGGUGGUAUCUCCACAAAGAUUGCACAUCUCUUGAUUUGGAAAUUAA